CAUAUAAGCAACUAGAAUCUUUCUGGGGACUCCUGACCUGUAAGGAGGUAUAUAUUAUAUAAACAAUAGCUAUACUUAAGACUUUGUCAUCUAUAUAACAUUCCCAAAACCCCAACCAGAGGAUUUUUAAGGUUCUUUUAGAUUAUCUACUCCCAAGAACUCCUGACAGUGUAUCACUUUUAGCAUUUAAAACUCAAAACACAAUCACCUUCUUUGGCCGUAUUUUUUCCCUCCAAAACAGCACAGAUGAGUUUGAGGGACAUUGAGGCUACACUGCCUCCAGGGUUCAGAUUCUACCCUAGUGAUGAAGAGUUGGUCUGCCACUAUCUAUACAAAAAGAUUGCUAAUGAAAGAGUCUCCAAAGGAACCAUGGUGGAAGUGGACUUGCAUACAUGUGAGCCCUGGCAACUACCAGAUGUGGCCAAGCUGGGAGCUAAUGAAUGGUACUUCUUCAGUUUCCGGGACCGGAAAUACGCGACCGGACUGCGAACCAACCGGGCGACGAUGUCGGGAUACUGGAAGGCGACCGGAAAGGAUCGGCCGGUGCAUGAACCCAUCUCCCAUGCAAUUGUAGGGAUGAGGAAGACUUUGGUUUUCUAUCGCAAUAGAGCUCCAAAUGGGAUUAAGACUGGUUGGAUCAUGCAUGAGUUUCGUCAGCAGAACCCAUUCUUGCCUCCUAAGGAAGAUUGGGUACUGUGCAGAGUCACUUACAAAGGCAAGGGAGAGCGCAUGGAGAUGCCUACCCUGGAAAAUGAACUUGACACAUCAACCAGAGCCUCUCCUCCAAAUUUCUCCACAUCAUCAUCUCCUCCCAUUUACCAACCUCUUCCAUAUGGGUCCCAACAAAUCAACCCAUUCCCUCAAUUCCUACACCAUCAAGACCACAAUUUGCUAAAUUUAGCAGUAUUGAAUUCCAAUUCUCCACAGGAAGAGAUCAUUAACAAACCCUUCUUUGAGAUUCACUCUAGAAGUGGUGAUGAGUAUGGAUUUUUACUUGAUAUGGGUUUGGAAGAUCACAACUUCAGGAAUGAAGAGGCUGCUUCAAGCUUAGAGGACAUGAAAUUUGAUGAUUAUGAUAGUAUGGUUAUUAUCUAGAUUGGGUUAAGAAGGGAUGAGAGGAUGAAUAAGUAUAAUAUUGAUAAUAAUUAAAUUUAAUAUAAACCCUACCCCAUUUCAUUUGUUCAUGCAUUUUCAUUUGUUUCUGUAAUUAUAAGAAGAAAAAAAAUGUUUGUUAUUAUCUUUGGGGUUUGUAAUAUUUAUGUUAUGUUGUAAAUUACAAAAUGAAAAUAUAUCAAUCAUUUUUAUUUAUUUUAA